AUGGGAAACAAGGCAAGGAGCAAGAAGGCACCAAGCAAAGGGAAGGGCAAUGGAAGCAAGAAGAAGAUAGCUUCAACCACUGAAACACCAGCAAAGCCCCCACCAAGACAAACCCGGGAGUCUCGGAGAAAGGAAAAGGUAUAUGAUGAUGAUUCAAGUGUGAGCAGUGAUGAGGACCUUGAGCGCAACGAGGAUGAGGAUGAGGAUGAUGAGUCCUGUCUGUCUCCUUCACCUAACGCCCGUAGUGGGACUACGACCUCACCAAGAACCGCAACUGCAACCACAGCUAUGGCAGUUGUGGCAAGUGGCAGAACCACAAAUGAAACAACAACUCCAACAAGAGGAGCUGCGGCAGCUAAUGCUUUUGAAGCCAGGUUCCAGCACAUGGAGAAUCUUCUGGAGAGAUUUUUUCAGGCACAAGGAAGACAACUGCCGUGUCAGGUGGUUCCGAGAACAGUGAGUGCUGCCAGAAGCGCUUGUUCCCCUGGAAACACUACCAUUACAAAUUCCAAUCGCUCAAUGGACAAGCAAGAGCAGAUCUUGGUCAUGAAGCUACCGCAAAACCAAGACGCAAUUAAAAAGGGUCUUUAUGCUUUUGUGAAGCUACAUACCUUCCGUCGCAUUAAGUUCCCUACUACUGAAGAGAAGGGAGUGCGGGAAUGCACCAAGGCAGUCCAGAAAAGUUAUGUCCUGUUACCAGAGGGUGUGGAUACAGAUGUGUUUGCCAGCGAGUGGCAAUCAAGUUUGAGAGAGAGACUGAGAAUGCUGAGAAACAACUGUCAAAACAGUGCCAAAAAGAAAUUUAUCAGUGACUGGAAGGAGGGGGUUGUGCCCCAAAACUUGGAAGCUAGCCUUGUGACCAACUACCGAGACUAUGCAGAUGAUGACGGAAAGGUGAGGGACAAUAGAAAGGACAACUAUGAUUCCUUCCUCUACUUCAUUGAUCGCAUCUUGCCAUCUGUCAAUGCAGAUGUCACUAAGUAUUAUGGUGAUGCAAGAUGUCAAUUUGGGUUGAGCAAUGCUUUCACUGUCACGGAUGAAGCAUUUGGACUUCUGAUGGUGGAGAACUACGUGGAACGGUGGAAGGCACUGGCCAAAGAAUGGCCCAGCAGUGACACCACUGAAGAUCAAGGACUGAAACGCAAACGCAUGCGUUCACUGGGUGGCAGGUACACUGGCAGUGAAAAGGGGAUGGUUGCAGGUGGAUGGGAUAAUGGUGGCAUCAAUCGUUUCAAUGAGUUAGCACAGAUGGUAAGUACGGCAAGGAAAAAGCUAGUAGAAACCAGGAAGUUGGAAAACAUAAUCAUGAAUCACUGGAGAGGAUUGGAAGGGGAUUCUGAACAAAGGCGCAAAAAGGCAAAGCAGCACAUUGUAACAGCAUAUGAGGAUGAAGACGAAUAG